AUGCCUGGUCUUCGUCUUCCUCAUCGCGUGGCUGUCAUCACCGGCGGCGGUUCCGGUAUCGGGCGUGAAUGCGCUAUCCUCUUCGCCUCGGAAGGUGCAAACCUCAUCUUGGCCGACAUCAAUCUGGAAGCAUGCCAGCAGACCGCCGACAUUGUCAACGAGCGUUUCAGCAACGCCGAGCUGCCCGUCAAGGCGAUUGCUGUCAAGUGCGAUGUUAGCAAGGAGGACGAGGUGGCAGCGAUCGUCAAGCGCGCCGUCGACGAGUUCGGUCGUCUGGACGUCAUGUUCAACAACGCCGGAAUCAUGCACCCUGCCGACGACAAUGCCCUCAACACUGACGAGAAAAUCUGGGACCUCACACAGGCUAUCAACGUGAAAGGUGUCUGGUAUGGUUGCAAGCACGCCAUCCUCGCCAUGCGCAACAAUGCGACGGACGAGGCCAAGAAGCUUCACGUCGGAGGCUCGAUCAUCAACACGGCGUCAUUUGUCGCGCUUCGGGGAGCGGCUACGCCGCAGAUUGCAUACACGGCAUCCAAGGGUGCGGUGCUUGCUAUGACGCGCGAACUCGCCAUGGUGCACGCUCGCGAGGGCAUCCGUGUUAACUCGCUCUGCCCCGGUCCGCUUCAGACGCCGCUGCUCAUGGAUUUCCUCAACACCCCCGAAAAACUCAAUCGCCGCCUCACCCAUCUGCCACUAGGCCGCUUCGGAGAGGCUGUGGAACAGGCCAAGGCUGUUCUUUUCCUCGCCACCGACGAAUCGUCGUAUGUGCUGGGACACGAUCUUUUGGUCGACGGCGGUCUCUCGGCCGCCUACGUCACCGCCGAGGGUCAGCCUGUCCUGCCGCCGCCCAAGAGCCUCGUCUGA